GCUAAGCAUGGAGGAUAGAAAAAGAGGUAAAAGGACCAACCUCAACUGGACCUUUACAUACCCAUGUACUUAAGAGGAAUUUGAUUAACAAUUACAUUUUGGUUAAAGAAGCCCCCUUUCCACACUCACCUAAGCAAGGAUGCCUUGAGUCUGUGUGAAAUAUCACAUCAAGUGAAGGGGUGGUGAGGAAGGGGGGAGAAGUGAGGAAGGGCUGAAUCUGGUGCAGGAGUCAGUACUUCUGACCAUCCUUGGGCCUUCUCCCUGGGUUCCCUGAUUGUGAGGUAAAGCUCAUACUCAUACAUUUGGCAUUCAAGGCCCUUUAUAAUCUGGACGGUCUGGUUUUAUUUCCUUUUGUUCCAUCUCAGCAUUCUGCAUGAUUCCCAUUCCCAGAUUCUCAGAUCAAGAAAGGACCACAGAAGUCUGAUCUAAUCCAACCCACAGCUGAGUGGGAAUCCCCUCUGCGAUACUCUCAGUAAAUAGUCAUUCAGCUUGGACAGCUCUCAUUGUCAAGAGCUUCUGCCUGCCAUCUUACCUGAAUCUGUCUCCCUUCAGCAUCCACCCUUUGCUCCUCAUUCUGCCCUCUCAGGCCAACCUCUUCUGCCUGGAAGCUCUUCUGUUUUUUUUUUUAAUAUAAAUUUAUUUAUUUUUAGUUUUCAACAUUCACUUCCAUAAGUUUUUGAGUUCCAAAUUUUCACCCCAUUCUGAAUAUCCCUCUGGAAGCUCUUCUAACACUUGAAGGCCACGAUAAAGCUCCCCCUCAGCUGGGCUGCUCACAGCUUUCAGACACAUCCUGUACUUUCAGGGCCUCCAAACAUUUGCUCACCUAAGUGCCCCCCACUGACCCAAAACCUACCAACCGUUACAGGUUGUCUAUGAGCUCAAGCUUCCCUCCGUGAUCAGCAGACACCUCAGUUCCCUUACUCUCACUGACUACUCUGGUCCACAGAUCCCCCUCUUCCUAUUUGUUACAUCCCUCUGAGCCCACAGAGCUCAAGGUGCAUCCCCAUCAGGCCCACUACUCACUUAAUACUGCUCAUGUGCUACCUGGUACUACUAGUAAUCUUUUCCUGUACAUUUUACAAGGGAGCAUGGCAAAAAAGAAAAAGCCCUGGACUUGGAGUCAUGAGAGGCCUGGGUUUGAAUUUAGCCUUUGAUAUUUCCUUAGGGAUAUAACCCUGGGCAACUUACUUAAACUCUGAGCCUGGGUCUCCUACUUUACCUGUUAGUGUGAGGAUCAAAUGGGAUAAUGUUAUGUAAAACACUUUGUAAACGUUUUAAAGACUCUAUGUGCCAGCUAUAAUCUUCUCAAAUAGCUCUGGGCAUAGAGUAUAUUCUUUGUACUGUAUUCUCACAGUGCUUCCCUAGCAGCAAACACAGUCAUGUCCACACAGACCUCAGAAUUGCUGGAUUUGGGGUUUGUUUCCCUGGUCAGUGAGGGCUCAGUCAGUAGGCUGGGAGGCUGAAGUGCUCAUUAGUCAGUGAGUUAGUGAGGGCUUGGGUUCUGGAUUUCCUACUGGGGGUCUUGGACUCCUCUGAAUUCCUAGGAUUUUUGGAGCAGAAAGGAAUGUUCAAAAUCAUUUAGCAGAGUGAGACUUGUCAGCGUCACACAGUGGGAAAGUUAGAUUUCAAAUUCAGGUCCUCAAAUUCCAAAUCCAGUGUUCUUUCCUUUACACCAUGCUACCUUUCAAAAUUAAGAUGCCCUAAGUUAAGCACUCUUUUUUGAACAGCUACACUAUUUGGACAGCUAACUAUUCUGUGAUCAAUGGUUUGUCACUACAAAACCAACUGGUCAGUGAGGGCUCAAGGCAUCCUUGCUCCUUAAGGGUCCAUGGCACGCAGGCUAAGUGAGGGUUUGGGGUUUGAGUUUCCCGGUCCCAUCAGCAAGGGGUUGAAGUGAUUCCAUAUAAGGCAGUGCUGUGGGUGUACGCCCAGCCCAGAUACAGGACCCAACAAGUUGCUGUAAACACGUUGUCAGAUCCUGCCUCUGUGAAAGCUGCCUCUCUCACUGUCUCUGUGUAGCUCUACCUUGGUUUGGCUAACCAGGCCUGUGGCCCAUAAAGUCCCUGCUGCCAUGUGUCAGCCUGUUAGUCAGCCUCUGAGGCCUGGCUGAGAGGCGGCAGCUCGGAGUCCCUAUAAACUCUCCAACCUAGCCUGGUCUAGCCCCAGCCUUCCUGGGCCGAGAGAGACACUCAGAAGGCUCUCAGCCUAGAGCUGCCGGCCAGAGGACCGGGAGGGUGCGUGGGGGAGAGGCAGACGGACCAGACAGGAUACCGGCUGGCUGACAGGCAGGCAAGCAGGGGACCACGGGGGGGGGUGAGCCUGAGGGCUGGCCUAUCCUGGCACUCACCUCUGAGAGUUUGUGCCAUCCCCUAACACUAUCUUUGCUGGAGGCUGGUCAGAGAGAACACUUUGGGCAACAUGACCAGGCCCUCUGGGGUGCUGGGGAGUGAGAGGGGACUGUGACCAGUAGGGCAGGGCAGAUAGUCAUUUCAGGGGCAACAGCACAGACUGGACACCAUGUCUGGGAAGCGCGGUCGGUCCCGUAGACCCCGAACUAAGAGACAGGGCCGUGGUCGGAAGGGAGGGGGUGAGACAGGCUCUGUGGUUGAGAGUAGGCCACUGGCCCCAGGGGGCCCCCAGGAUGGGGCGGGUCAGGGAAAGCACGUGAUGGAGGAGAUGGAGGAGAUGGGCAGGUCAGUUGCUGUCGGGCACCCUGAACCAGUGGUCAGGUCAGAUUGCUCAGGGGCAGUAGUGACAGAGGCUUCAACUGCAAGCCCAGAAUUGGUGUUGGUCACAGCCAUGGAGCUGGGGCGAUAUGGGGCUAGCUGCCCUGACCCAGCCCUGGCACAGGAAGUAUUGAGACUCCAAGAGGUCCAGCUGUGUCUGGAGAGGGAGCAGCUCUUAUUGGAGGACCGCCGGCGGCAGAUUCAGCUCCAACUGCAGCUGGAGGAGCAACUCUGGAGGGAAGAGCAACUAUGGCAAGAGGAACAGCGGUGGCUUGAGCAGUUACAAGAGGAGCACGCAUGGGUACGGAUGGAGGGGAUUGAGUUAGCCCUGGAGCUGGAGCAGCUAAGGACAGGUGGCUUUGAAGAGCAGGAGGAACAGGUGCAUGGUCAGCUCCCUGGUCCGACUGCCAUGGCUCGACGAUCUCAGAGCUCCUCCCAGGGGGACAACCCCCUAGCCCCGGACUACCUGCCCCCCCACUACAAGGAAUACUACCGGCUGGCCUUAGAUGCCCUUGCUGAGGGGGGAGCUGAGGCCUACCGACGCUUCCUGGCUGAUGAGGGAGCCCCUGACUUCCUGUGUCCUGAUGAGCUGGCUCAUGUGAGCCGACAUCUUCAGCAGCCACAGCAUGCCUCCCGGGAGAAUGCCAAUGCCCAGGGAAGUGCCUCCGGAUCCCUUCCCCGAGCAGAUGCUGACGUAGACAUGGAUGGCUCCUCUGGUACCUACUGGCCUGUGAAUUCAGACUUGGCUGUGCCUGAACUUGACCUCGGAUGGCCUAUGACCUUUGGCUUUCAGGGCACCGAAGUGACCACGCUGGUGCAGCCGCCGCCACCUGACAACCCCAGCAUCAAGGAUGAGGCCAGGAGGAUGAUCAGAGCUGCGCAACAGGUGGUGGCCAUUGUGAUGGACAUGUUCACAGAUGUGGACCUGCUGAGCGAGGUGUUGGAGGCAGCUGCCCGACGUGUCCCUGUUUAUAUCCUCCUGGAUGAAAUGAAUGCCCAGCAUUUUCUGGACAUGGCUGAAAAGUGCCGGGUCAAUCUGCAUCAUGUGGAUUUCCUUCGGGUUCGCACAGUCUCAGGCCCCACCUAUUACUGCCGCACAGGAAAGUCCUUCAAGGGCCACGUGAAGGAGAAGUUCCUGCUGGUGGAUUGUGCUGUGGUGCUGAGUGGUAGCUACAGCUUCAUGUGGUCCUUUGAGAAGAUUCAUCGGAGCAUCGCUCAUGUUUUCCAGGGAGAGCUGGUAUCCAGCUUUGAUGAGGAAUUUCGCAUCCUCUUUGCUCAGUCUGAGCCAUUGAUCCCUGCAGCUGGGGCUCUGGCCCUGGCCUUGACCCACGCGGACACUUAUGCCCUGACUCCAUAUGGGGGCCCAGGGCCCCUGAUGGGGGCUCCUGUAGGAGGACCAGGGUCCUUCUUCCCCAAGCGUGCCCACUUGCUGUUCCCACCACGUGAUGAGGGCCUGGGCUUCCCCUCCUUCUUGGACCCUGACCGUCACUUCCUAUCAACCUUCCGCAGGGAUGACCUACUUCGGCAUUCAGGGGGUGCGGGAGACAUGCAUGGGCUGAGGAUGCUCUCACGUCGGCCUGGCAUGGAGCUAGAUGCUGGCCAUGGUGGGGAUCCCAGCACUCGUGGCUUCCUCCGUGCCAAGCACCUAGAGAUGGAAGCUGGGCACGGUGGAGACUCUGGUAAUCGGGGCUUCCUCCGUGCCAAACACAUGGAGAUGGAGGCUGGCAAUAGUGGGGACCCCAGCUCCCGUGGCUUUCUCCGAGCCAAGCAUUUAGAGAUGGAUGCCUUCAAGAGACAUACCUUUGCUGAUGGAGCCAUGGAGAACUUUGCUGCAUCCCGCCAAGUGUCCCGUCAGAUGUUUGUUAGCCAUGGUGAUGACUUCCGCUUUCAGACCAGCCACUUUCACCGUGACCAGCUCUACCAGCAACACUACCAGUUUGAACCCCAGUUCACAGCUACCCGGCCUCAGGGCUUGUUUGAGAAGCUGCGGGCUGGACGUCCGGGUUUUGGGGACCCUGAAGAUUAUGGGGUAGAGGGGAGCCCCCGUUUCCCAGAGUUAGAGGGCUUUGGCCCUCAUCCCGAGGGUCCUGGUGGACACCUGCGGCUGGACUACGUACCAUCCAGUGCCUCAAGGGAAGUCCGGCAUGGCUCUGACCCUGAACCCCGUGGACUGGAGCCUGGUGCCCCACAGCGCCCUAACAUUGGGCAAAGGUUCCUUUGCCAGUCAUCACCCACACAGAAGCAGAGUUUGGACCAACGGUGGUUCCCACCAGAGGCUGAACCAGAAAUGGAACCCAGCCGGAAGGGUGGGGCUGAGGGCCGGGCAGGGCUGCGCAACUGGCGUAUCUCCUCCUACCUCAGCGGCUGCCACUCUGAUGGUGGAGAUGAGGGUCUGCCUGGCCCCAUGGAGGCAGAAUCCUAUGAUGAAGUCCUGGGUGAUCCCCCUGGCCGCUAUCCCUUACCCACUGGGGACCUGCUCCCCUCCUCUUUCAGGACUGGGGGGCCCUUUCCCCCAAAGGCUCUAGGUGGGGGGGAUGGCCCAGAGCGUGAGGUGGCUGAAGGGGCAGCCUUAGUCAAGCAGGACUCAUUCCGCUCCCGCCUUAACCCCCUGAUCCAGAGAAGCUCCCGGCUUCGCUCUUCCCUCAUAUUCAGUUCAUCCCAAAAGGAGGGACCUGGAGGUGGGGCUGGUGCUGGGGCCACAAAUGAGAAAGUACAGCUCUUCCAGAAGGAGCAGACAGUCAGUGAGACAGUGGGCGAGGGUGGUGAGACAGUGCGGACAGCCUCCUCCUCCAAGGUGGCAGAACUGCUGGAGAAGUACAAGGGCCCGGCCCGGGACAGAGACCGGGACCGGGACCAGGAUAAGCCAGGUGGUUUGAUCACUGUUAGCAAAGCAGCGGUGUCACAGUCAUGGCGGCAAGAGACCGGGACGAGUAGUGGGGGUACUGGGGGGGAGCGACGUAGCCUCGAGAGCUGCCUUUUAGAUCUACGUGAUUCCUUUGCCAGUCGGCUGCAUGAAGAGGCUGAGAGACAGCCAGGUGCAGCUACUCUGAGUGCUGCCCAGCUUCUUGAUACCCUGGGUCGGGGUACUGACAGACUGCCCUCUCGAUUUCUUGCCUCUGAUGGCAGGGCUGCCCUGCCCCAGGGCAGGGCAAGUCCUCCACCUGAGAGGAAAGGAAGCCCCACACCAGCCUAUCCAGAGAGGAAGGGGAGUCCUGUGCUUGAAAAGAGAGGGAGCCCCAUACCAGCAUUUCCAGAAAGGAAAGGGAGCCCUGUGCCACCUGUCCCUGAGAGGAAGGGGAGCCCCACAUCAGCAUUUCCAGAAAGGAAGGGAAGCCCUGUGCCGCCUGUCCCUGAGAGGAAGGGGAGCCCCACCUCAGCCUAUCCUGAAAGGAAGGGAAGCCCUACCUCAGCAUAUCCUGAGCAGCGCAGCAGUCCCCUACCUCCAAUGCCUGAGCGGAGGAGUAGUCCUAUACCCCCAGUACCUGAGCGGAAGAGUAGCCUCACAUUUGCUGGGGACACCCAGAAGAUAGGGACACCUGGGGAGGAAGAUAUUGGCCGACCAGAGCCCAGUUCCAUGGAGUUCCUGCGCAAGGGCUCACUUCGCCUAAAACAGUUGCUGAGUCCCAAGGGGGAGAAAAGGCUAGAGGAGGAGGGUGGCUUCUUAGGGCCCCAGGAGAAUGGGCAGCCUGAGGGCCCCCAUCGACCAUCACGGGGAGAUAGCCCAGAGGUAGGGGCAGAGGAACGGGGCUCCAGGCAUCGCCUGGCCUCUGCCACACCUAAUGCCCUCUACAGUAGUAACCUUCGAGAUGACACCAAGGUGAUACUGGAGCAGAUCAAUGCUCACAACCAGAAACAUCGUGGUGGGGCUGGAUCUGGGGCUGGGGCAGGGGGUGCAGCCCACAGCAGCCCUGAGCUGUACCGUUCACCUGCUGCUGCCCUGGAUGUCAGCAGGGCCCAUGAGAUGUCUGACAAGGACAAAUGCUCAGCCAUCUUCCGCUCAGACAGCUUUGGGGGCCAGAAUCGCUUCAGCCGGACACUCCCGGCUAGCCUGGAAGAACGAGACACCCUGCUACGAAAGAUGGAGAGUAUGCGGAAGGAAAAGCGUGUCUAUAGUCGCUUUGAGGUCUUCUGUAAGAAGGAGGAGGCCGGGGCAGGUGAGGCUGGGGCAGGCGAGGCUGAUGCUAGGGACCGCAAGGUGGGCAAGUUCAUGCCCAAGAUAUUGGGCACUUUCAAGACCAAGAAAUGAUCCAACACCCUGGCAAUCUUUCCUGCCCAGAGUGUCACUAUCACUGACUCACAUUACCACUAACAUACUCAACUCCAUUGUGGGUCCAGUGACCAAGCCAGAUGCCAAAUCUCUAAACAGGGUAGGUUGAGAUAGGGUGGGGAGUGAGUGCCAUAUCCUGAAGAACAGGAUGUCCCCUUGGGCUUAUGAGGGAUAUCAUUGCCCAGGGGUAGAGGACCACCCCCACCCUCACUGUGCUCACAAAGUCCAGUGUAUCUGGGCAGACCUAGUCCCCACAACGAUGUGCUACUGCCUUGCCUGCCUUUGGAAUGUGGGCUUUACCUUUUUGGGGGACUAUUCCUAUCUGUUCAUCCAAUUAUAUUGGUCUGUCUGUCCAUCUGUUCAUUUUCUAUAUCUUCCUUUAUUCCAAAGCUUUUCAAUACACCUUCAGUUGGAAGAUGUAUGCUCCAACCUCCUACCUCCAUACACUGGUUUGCUUAUCUGCCUAUCCCUUCUCCCACUGGUCUGCUUAAUUAUCUGCCUGUCCUUUCUCCCACUGGUCUGCUUAACCAUCUGUCUAUCCCUCUCUCUCUCUUCCCGGCCUAUUAGUGCAUCUCUCAGUCUAAGGAAUUUGGAAGUAACAAAUCCUCAUUUGAACAGAGCUUGAGAGUUUAUGAAAAGUAUUCACACACUGUCUCAUUGGAGCCUCAUAAUGGCCUUCUGAGGUACUUUUAUAGAUGAGGAAAGGAGCUGGGAGAAGUGAUUUGUUCCACGUUAUACAGCCAGGAAACUGUGGAGCUGGAACAAGAGACUAGGUUUUCUGGUUCCUUGUCUACUGUUCUUUUCCACUGUACCAAGUUGCCUCUCCAACAGAGAGAAAGGGUGGAAAAUCUUUGUGUGUGUGUGUGUGUGUGUGUGUGUUUCUCCCAGGGGAGUUCUUCUCUGCUUAGGGGAGGGAGGAGGGAACAUGUGAGGGCAGGGAGAGGUCAUAGGAUCAGAGAGAACCCUAUCUUACAGCAUUUAUAAGGUAGGUGGUCUUCCCAGCACCAGGUACUGUGUUUUGUACCCAGUAGGCACUUAAUAAAAGUUGGUUGAUUUGCAGGGUGGAUGGGGUGGGACCCUGGGGAGUUAUGGGUUCUGGUUGGGUGUCUAGAAAAGGGGGGCAGUGCUAUCUAAGGCUCUGAGCUAGCAUCUCUCCUAUUCUUGGUUGCGUGCCUCUCUGGGUGUUGAAGAGGGGCACCCAUGAUGAUGGACAUAAGAUGCUGGGAGAGUUCUCCUUGGGGAGGGGAUGGCACAGACUCAGUGCCUGUGUGUCUUCCGCCCUCUCCAGGGGAUGAGAGAAGGAGGGAUGAGGGAAGAAUAAUUUGCUGCAUCAAUAAAUUAGACUUGAAUUUAUUAAA